AUGCCCGGUGCGCAAGGUGGUAAAGUCAAGCCUUUAAAGGCACCCAAGAAGGAGAAGAAGGAGCUGGACGAGGACGAUAUGGCGUUCUUGGCAAAGAAGAAAGCCGAAGAGAAGGAGCAAAAGGAGGCCGCAUCGAAGUUGGGCAAGGGACCGCUGCAAGGAGGAGGUAUCAAAAAGUCUGGGAAGAAGUAA